AAAUUUCCCUUUCUUCUCCGAAUUCUGUUCUCCAAAUCUCAAUCGCAUGACGGAUUAUCGUUUGUCGACGAUGAAUCUUUGGACCGACGAGAACGCGUCGUUGAUGGACGCCUUUAUGAACUCCGAUCUCUCCUCUUACUGGGCUCCAUCGGCUGCGUCGUCUCAUUCUCUUCACAACCAACCGCCGCCGCAGUCCUCCGCCUCAACUUCCACACCGCCGCCGGAUCCCCCUAAAUCCGUCGCCGUUUUCAAUCAGGAGACUCUGCAGCAGCGUCUCCAGGCGCUGAUCGACGGCGCCAGGGAGAGCUGGACUUAUGCGAUUUUCUGGCAGUCGUCGUACGAUUACCCCGAUGGGUCGGUUUUGGGGUGGGGAGAUGGGUAUUACAAAGGGGAGGAGGAUAAAGGGAAGGGAAAGGCGAAAGUAGUGACGUCGGCGGCUGAGCAAGCUCACCGGAAGAAGGUUCUCCGGGACCUUAACUCUUUGAUUUCUGGAUCCGCCGCCGGACCGGACGAUGCGGUGGAUGAGGAGGUUACGGAUACGGAGUGGUUCUUUUUGGUUUCCAUGACUCAGUCGUUUGUUAAUGGAGUUGGGUUACCGAGUCAGGCGUUCUUUGACUCGACCCCGAUUUGGAUCUCCGGCGCUGAUCGGUUGUCGGCGUCGGCCUGUGAACGGGCAAGACAGGGGAAGGUUUUUGGGUUACAGACGAUGGUUUGUAUUCCUUCUCCAAACGGCGUUGUCGAAAUGGGUUCGACGGAAUUGAUUCACCGGACGUCCGAUUUGAUGAACAAAGUCAAGAUUCUGUUCAAUUUCAACAAUCUUGAAACGAGUUCUUGGAUAUCGGGAACCACCGCCGCUGCUUCCACUGCCGAUGAAGGGGAAAACGACCCGUCGUCGAUGUGGAUUAGUGAGCCGUCGAGUACAAUCGCCACCACCGUCCCUUCCGGCGACGUUCCGAGGAAGCUAACCCAAUCGGAAAAUCAUAAACAGAGCCAAAGCUUCUUAAACUUCUCCGACUACGGAUUCGAAUCAAAUCCAUCAAAGAGCAUCACCACCGACACAACCACCACCACUACCACCACCAACACCCCGUCAUUCAAGCCGGAAUCCGGCGGGAUGCUGAACUUCGGCAGCGGAAAUAUCUUUUCCAGCCACUCACAGUACAUAACAGACGAACAGAACGAAAAAAAGAGAUCCCCUCCUUCUAGAAGUAGCAACGACGAAGGAAUCCUCUCUUUCACCUCCGGCGUGAUCUUACCCUCCUCCGGGAAAGUAAAAUCCGGCGACUCCGACCACUCAGAUCUGGAAGCUUCCGUGAUCAGAGAAGUCGAUAGCUGUACAAAAUCCAUAGAACCGGAAAAACGACCGAGAAAACGAGGCAGAAAACCAGCAAACGGAAGAGAAGAGCCAUUGAAUCACGUAGAAGCAGAGAGACAACGACGAGAGAAAUUAAACCAGAAAUUCUACGCUCUCCGAGCCGUAGUUCCAAACGUAUCUAAAAUGGACAAGGCCUCGCUGCUCGGCGACGCAGUUUCAUACAUCAACGAGCUCAAAUCGAAGCUCCAAAUCAUAGAAACAGAGAAAACAGAGAUGGGAAACCAUCUAGAGUUCAUCAAGAAGGAGAUGGGAGGGAAAGAUCUAGGGCAUUACACAAACACAAUCGAUCAAGAUCUAAAAACAGGGAACAGAAAAGUAAUGGAUAUAGAGAUCGAGGUUAAAAUCAUGGGAUGGGACGCAAUGAUACGGAUUCAAAGCAGUAAGAAGAAUCAUCCGGCGGCGAGAUUGAUGACGGCGUUGAAGGAUUUGGAUUUGGAAAUGCUUCAUGCGAGUGUGUCUGUAGUGAAUGACCUGAUGAUUCAACAGGCGACGGUGAAGAUGGGGAGCAGAUGUUACACGCAGGAGCAGCUGAAAAUGGCUCUGAUCGCCCGGGUCGGCGGCGGCGGAAUGAUGUAGAGAAGAAAGGGUGUAAUUAGGAGUGGGAGGGGACGUUUUUGAGGCUCCCAUUAGAUAGAGAUUAAUAGAGGGAAUCUAAUAUUUGGUAGAUUUAGAUUAUUUUUAGCAUUUUCUCUUGUUCUUCAUCUUUGUAUUUAGUGUAAUAAUUAGAGUUUAUGUGUAGCUUUGUUAAUUAUGGAAACUAAAUGGAGGAUCAAAGACCUUCGGAGUUAUGAAAAAAACACUUCGCUUUUAACGCUGUAACA